UGUCGUCAAGAGCAUGGCAACCUAGCGCGCAAGGCCCGUCGACGCAACACCAUCAUCACCACCGUCAGUCGUCUCUCGACCAAUCUCUCCAACACCCCCAGGGCUUUCCGCCGCCGCCGCCGAAUGGCUUAGCUAUGUCUGCACCGCACGACCACUCGCGACACCCGUCGAUGGGUCACGCCGGCAGCCCACCGCAGUACCCCGGAGGCUCGUCCGAACAGCAAUACCCUCCGCCUCCAUCUUUUCCAGCACGAAACAUGCCUCCCCCUUCUCCACCGCAAAACGCGCCUGCUGCAGGACACCACAUGGGCACAGCGCCGCGUGGGCCGUCUACCACCUCGCCCUUCGCACGACCUCGCGAUUUGUCUAGCCACCGACCGGGAAUGUCCAUCUCCGCUAUCCUCGGAGGUGGUGAGGACCCGCGACCCAGUGGCUCGCCUCACAGCUCUGCUGCAGCGCCGGCAUCCGCCUUUGGAUCGAUGCAGCCUCCUUCCCCUGGCAGAGCUCGAGCGUCUAGUAUGCGCGAAGGUCAUGGCCGAG